UUUGUAAUAAACUUCAGAGUGAUCAAUUUUUUUUUCAAUAGAGUGAAAAUUUUCGCAAUUUUUUUAUUAACAAUUUUUCCCUAAAAUAAAUCAAUUUCCCGAGUGAAAAACAACUGAAAAACCUCGAGGGACAUUUGUUGUCUGCGAAGGAGAUAAAAAUUGUCAAAAAAUCUGCUAGCAAGAGAAUUGGCGUUUUGCGAGGAAAUCCGUGAAGGAAAGAAUAAAUUUUUGUAUAAAAUGGCGUCACAAGUUGAUAAAAUUCACAUCAACAAUUCCACAAAUAUUUCGCUAAAUGAUCGUUUUACAAUCAUGAAAACUGUCGCUGGGACCCAGAGAGCCCCACGUGGGCGUUCACGCUCUCAGACGCGUUCCCGUUCGCGCUCACGCUCUCGUUCACGUAGCUAUGUGCGUGAUCAGACGGUCCAGCGUAUGGGCGACAAUCUUCCGGGAGGAUCAGCUCGCAACAAAAGCCUCCUCCAUCGCCUGGCCCAGAAGCACAGUGUCCUAUCCGAGAUUGCCAAGCGGAAGAGAAACUUCCGCAAUAGCGCCCCAAUGAGGCAGCAAUUUGGAAACAAUCAAAUGCGCCGGAAUCAAAUGGCGCUCAAACGAGCUGCCAAGAAGGCUCUCAAUGUUCCGGGCAGACGCCUCUCGCGGGCCAAUAGUCUGUCGAAUCUUGCAACUGUGACAGACCAAUUUAAUGCCGGCAGAAUGAGCCGCACAUCAUCGAUGACAAAUAUUGCAAAUCGCAUUGGGCAGAGGCGUCGUGGUGGACCCAAUAUGCGUGGUGGACAAUUGCAGCGCUCGAAUUCCCAGAGGAACUUGCGCCGGGCAUCGAGUAAGCAGAAUCUGCGUGGAAUUGCAGCAGCACAGCAGGGUGGUGGUGUUGGGCAGCGUGGCAGGGGGCAGCAGAGGAGGAUGUCGGUCAAUAGUCGCCUGGGGAGGGCGGCUGCUGCAGUGGCUACCACCUCACCACGCGGACGAAGCCGAAUUUUCCGCCGCAGGGAUGGUGCACCCGCCGGUAGAGGUGGUGCCAAUAGCGCACGAGCCAUUGGGCAGCAACAGCAGAGAGGAAGAUCCCGCAAUAGACUGCCACGCAAUGUUCUGGGAAAUAUUCCACGUGGGAGAUCUCAAUCGCGCAACCGGCAGCAGCAGCAGCAGCAGCGGCAGAAUGGACGAAGCAGGAGUAGGAGUGUUAGGCGCAACAGGAGCAGGAGCCGUGGACAGACGACCAGGCAGCCGCCAAAGACGAGGGAACAAUUGGACAAGGAAUUGGAUCAAUAUAUGUCAACGAGUGGAAAUCAAAUGGACACCUCCUACUGAAAAGGGGAUCUGAAAUUGUUUUUUUGAAUUAAACACAAUGAUGAAUAAUUAUUGAAAUAAUAGAGAUAAGGCUUCAAUAUUACAGAAUAACAGAAGAAUUUCUAAAGGAAAAAUUUUCUCAAACAUGUAGAGAGAGAGAGAGAUAAAAUGAAUUAAUACAUGUGUGUGGAAUAAAUUAUUCAACAGAGA